AACUCCAGCGUCCCGCUUCGCCGACUCUCCUCGAAGCAUCGCACCUGCUUAGGCUUCCCUUCGUCAGCCCUCAGUCGGACCAGAAACAACGGUGCGGGAUGCCACCGUCCACUUCCCAAUCCACCGCCGAUCCCCCAGGCUCUCCGACACAUGACUCCGACUCUGAUCUAGACCUCGACCUACACGAGCUCGAUCCAGCGACGUCUUCUCAUCGAUCUUUCAACCGUUCAGGACAUAAUCGCGACUCCUCCGAUCAGAGGGCUCCGAGAAUUGCCCUCCGCAAUCUUCGUAUGGGGGGCUUGCGACGGGCCAAGCGGUCCAGGGGAUACGGGGAGCUGGGGCAGGACCUGGAUAACACCGGCGACGACGCCGAAGCUCUACUAGACGAUGCAGAAAGACACGGGUCUCGUUCCAUGGACCGGGACCAUGCUUCGGGGGAUGACGCGCCCCUUCUCCCAGGAGGCUCGUCGUCCUCACGGCGCCGAUCCUUCGCGCAGGAGGGCCUGGGAAGGUUAUCGGCCUUACGGUCUAACUUGCGACUUCCUGGGUUCAUGGGGGGUUCGGGGGAGCAACAGUCAGGCAGGGACACGAGCGACGACCAGGACGAAGAAGAGGAAGACGACCCCUCGGCGUCACGACUUGUUCCCGUCGGGUUUGCCGACCCAUCGAGAUUCCCGCCGAAUAGAAUAUCCAACGCGAAGUAUACCGCUUUCACCUUCCUCCCCGUCACACUCUACAAUGAGUUCUCCUUCUUCUUCAACAUGUAUUUCCUACUUGUCGCGCUUUCCCAGGCGAUACCCGCCCUGCGGAUCGGAUACCUCACGACUUACAUCGCCCCCCUGGCCUUCGUCUUGGUGAUUACAAUGGGAAAGGAGGCCUACGACGACAUCGGGAGGCGAAAGAGGGAUAACGAAGCCAAUGCGGAAGAGUAUACCGUGCUCCAUUUUGAAGAGCCCGGACAAGCUAUGGCGGCGGCCUCCCAGCGCUCCCACAGAAAACUCAAAUCAGACUCGGUGAAGAGGAGGCGGAGGAGGCUUCUCAAAAAUGGAGAAAGGUUAUCGGACAUUCGCGAGGAGGAGGAGCGCAUCGAGGGUCAAGGGUUGUUGCAGUCGCAGCCUUCCUCCGUGGUCCGCGAGUUGCCCCGAAAAUCUCGCGACUUGAAGGUCGGCGAUGUUUUGAAGCUCAGCAAGGGUCAGCGGGUGCCGGCCGAUGUUGUGAUUCUCAAAUGCGAGACCCCGGAGACUGCACACGAUACGGUGGCACACGAAGACGUGCCAACAGGAGAGGAGGAUCUUCUCGUCGACCCAGAGCGAGAACCCCAUUCGUCUAACAAAGGCAAAGGCCCCGAUGUCCGGGACAUUGUCCAAGACAAUGUCCAAGACAACGAUGUUGGUGGACCUGGGGGUGAGACGUUCAUUCGAACCGACCAACUGGACGGUGAAACCGAUUGGAAGUUACGCCUGGCCUGCCCGCUGUCGCAAAAUCUACCCGCGGAAGAGUUCGUUCGCUUGCGUGUCACGGGCGGGAAGCCGGAUAAGAGGGUGAACGAGUUUCUGGGGUCCAUCGAACUUCUACCCACCAAGGAAGAUGCGCAGGUCCUCUCCAGCACUCUUCCAGGGGUUGGCGAUGCUUCCAAAUCUGCGGCUUUGUCCGUUGAUAACACGGCCUGGGCCAACACCGUCAUUGCGUCGCAAGCCACGACGUUUGCCGUCAUCGUGUACACCGGCGUGCAGACCAGAUCUGCGCUCUCCACCGCUCCCUCGAGGUCCAAGACCGGCCUCCUGGAAUAUGAGAUCAACUCGUUGACCAAGAUUCUCUGCGCCAUCACCCUCGCUCUAUCGGUCAUCUUGGUCGCCAUUGAGGGUUUCGAGAAUACCGAGGGCAACGUCUGGUAUGUCAAGAUCAUGCGCUUCCUCGUCUUGUUCUCCACCAUCGUGCCUAUUAGCCUGCGAGUCAACCUUGAUCUCGGGAAAAGUGCGUACUCCUGGUUCAUUCAUCGCGACCCUGGUAUCCCGGGCGCCGUGGUACGGACAAGCACGAUACCCGAGGAUCUCGGCCGUAUCGAGUACUUGCUUAGCGACAAGACGGGCACCUUGACGCAGAACGACAUGGAGAUGAAGAAGAUCCAUGUCGGUACCGUAUCGUACGCCAACGAAGCCAUGGACGAAGUCGUCUCCUACGUUAGGCAGGGUUUUCAUGUCCAGCCGACUGUCGACCCGGCAUCCAGAAAGGCCCUCAUCACGCCCUCUUCGACCUUUGCGACUACCGCGAAUAUAGGCACGACGCGUACACGACGAGAGAUCGGGACUCGGGUUAGGGACGUUGUGCUAGCGCUCGCGCUGUGCCACAACGUGACCCCGACUACCGAGGAGGAGGGUGGCAAGACGGUCACGUCGUACCAGGCAUCUUCGCCUGACGAGAUCGCCAUCGUACGGUGGACCGAAUAUGUCGGCCUUCGCCUUGCCCACAGAGAUCGCAAGGCCAUGGUGCUCGAGUCCACCGAGACGGGUAGGACGGUGGUGCAAGUUCGCAUUCUGGACGUUUUCCCCUUCACCUCGGAGGGUAAGCGGAUGGGCGUCAUCGUCCAGUUUUACGAGUCGAUGCAGUCCGGAAUCCCCGACCUCGACAGCGGCGAGAUUUGGUUCUACCAGAAAGGCGCAGAUACCGUCAUGGGCUCCAUCGUCGUCGAGAAUGACUGGUUGGACGAGGAGACGGCCAACAUGGCCCGUGAAGGUCUGCGGACGCUCGUCGUCGGGCGCAAGCGGCUCUCCCAUCAGCAGUAUCGGGAAUUCUCCCGGGACUACCAAGAGGCAUCUCUCGUCAUCAACGGGCGCGAUGCGAGCAUGCAGCGCGUCGUUUCGGAACACCUCGAGCGGAGCCUGGAGCUCCUCGGCGUCACGGGCGUCGAGGACAAGCUGCAGAAAGACGUCAAGCCCUCGUUGGAGCUCCUCCGAAACGCCGGCAUCAAGAUUUGGAUGUUGACGGGCGACAAGGUCGAGACGGCCAGGUGCGUGGCCGUCAGCUCGAAGCUUGUGGCGCGGGGACAGUUCAUCUACACGGUGGCCAAGCUCAAGCGGAAGGACAACGCGCGGGACCACCUGGACUUUCUGCGGAGCAAGACGGACUCGUGCCUCCUCAUCGACGGCGAGAGCUUGGCCCUCUUCCUGACGCAUUUCCGCGUCGAGUUCAUCUCGGUGGCCGUGCAGCUGCCGACCGUCGUGGCCUGCCGCUGUUCCCCGACGCAGAAGGCCGAGGUCGCCGAGCUGAUCAAGGAACACACGAAGAAGAGGGUCUGCUGUAUCGGCGACGGCGGCAACGACGUGUCCAUGAUCCAGGCGGCGGACGUCGGGGUGGGUAUUGUGGGCAAGGAAGGGCGGCAGGCGAGUUUGGCGGCCGAUUUCUCCAUCGAACAGUUCCACCACUUGACCAAGUUGCUGGUGUGGCAUGGCCGCAACAGCUACAAGCGCAGCGCCAAAUUGGCUCAGUUUGUCAUUCAUCGUGGUCUCAUCAUCGCCGUGUGCCAGACCAUGUACAGCAUUGCCAUCGAUUUCGAGCCUGAGGGUCUUUACAAGGAUUGGCUCCUCGUAGGAUAUGCGACGAUUUACACGGCAGCGCCUGUGCUCUCCCUAGUGCUCGACAAGGACGUCGACGAGAACCUGGCGAACCUCUAUCCGGAGCUCUACAAGGAACUCACCUCGGGCCGGUCCCUCUCGUACCGGACAUUCUUCGUCUGGGUCCUCGUCUCCGUCUACCAAGGCUGCGUGAUCCAGGGCCUAUCCCAGCUUCUCGUCGAGGUGGACGGGCCGAAGAUGGUGGCCGUCUCAUACACCGUGCUCGUCCUCAACGAGCUGCUCAUGGUGGCUAUCGAGAUCACCACCUGGCAUCCGGUCAUGAUUGUGUCUAUCCUGGGAACCUUCCUCGCCUUCGUCGGCUCUAUACCGUUCCUGGGCGGUUACUACGAUUUGGAAUUCAUCAUCACUCUGUAAGUGGUCUCCUACUCUCUUUCGUGUUGCAAUGCAUUGGGCUAUGCUCUAGCAACAGCUGCUGACGAGUGUAAAGGGGAUUCUACUGGCGCAUCCUGGCCAUCGGGGCCAUAUCGCUCGUCCCACCGUACGCGG